GUUACAGGAUUGGGGUAUCCGCAUUUCUGGGGACACAUUUGAUCAAAGACUGAGAUUUCUGAAUAGAAAUUUAGAGCAGAUCCAGAAGACACACAAAGACAGCAUCCCAGUUGCCCCUGUUUUUGAAGAACAGAAGAAAAUGAUCCAGACCCAGGAAUCACUGACACUGGAGGAUGUGGCUGUAGAGUUCACCAGGGAGGAGUGGCAGCUCCUGGGCCCUGCUCAGAAGGACCUGUACCGGGAUGUGAUGUUGGAGAACUACAGCAACCUGGUGUCACUGGGGUAUCAGGCCAACAUGCCAUGUGCACUGUCCAAGCUGGAACGAGGAGAACCAUGGACAAUAGAAGAUGAAAUCCAUAGUCAGACCCAUUCAGAAGUCCGGAAAGUUGAUGACCAUCUGCCAGAGCACUUACAAAAUGAAAGCAUGGUAAACAGAAUGGAACAAUGGCAAAACCAUAAUGCAUUUGAAAAUAAUAUUCAUCAAAGCAAAACUAGGUGUCUAUUAAGCCAAAAUCAGGAUAUUUUUGAUGUACAUGGAAAAAGUGUGAAAUCAAACCCAACUUCAGUUUACGAAAGUAGAAGCUAUAAAAUAAAGAAUCCUACUGAGUUAAGUAGAAAUGGGGACUCCUUUCUCCAUGCUAACCAUGAACAAUUUCAUACCGAAGUUAAUUCUCCUACAAGUCAAAAACCCAUCAGCAGUAAGUCCCGAUUCAUCAGUCCCAAGCAUCAGAAAACUAAAAAAAUAGAGAAACCUCACAUAUGCAGUGAAUGUGGGAAAGCCUUCAGUAAGAAAUCUUGGCUCACUGAUCACCAGAUCAUUCAUACUGGAGAGAAACCCCAUAGAUGUAGUCUGUGUGAGAAAGCAUUCUCCAGAAAGUUCAUGCUCACUGAACAUCAGAGAACUCAUACUGGAGAAAAACCUUAUGAAUGCAGUGAAUGUGGCAAAGCUUUUCUCAAGAAAUCACGGCUCAAUAUGCAUCAGAAAACUCAUACAGGAGAGAAACCAUAUAUAUGCAGUGAAUGUGGAAAAGGCUUCAUUCAGAAAGGAAAUCUCAUUGUACAUCAGCGAAUUCAUACAGGUGAGAAACCUUAUAUAUGCAGUGAAUGUGGAAAAGGCUUUAUCCAGAAGACAUGCCUCAUAGCACAUCAGAGAUUUCACACGGGAAAGACACCUUAUGUGUGCAAUGAAUGUGGAAAAUCCUGUUCUCAGAAGUCUGGUCUCAUUAAACAUCAAAGAAUUCACACAGGAGAGAAACCCUUUGAAUGCAGUGAAUGUGGGAAAGCCUUUGCUAUGAAGGAAAAGCUCAUUGUCCAUCAAAGAACUCAUACAGGAGAGAGACCCUAUGUCUGCAAUGAGUGUGGGAAAUCUUUUGCAUACAUGUCUUGCCUUGGUAAGCAUAAGAGAAUACACACAAGGGAAAAGUGGGGAGAUUCAGUCAAGGUGGAAAAUCCUCCUGCAGAGAGUCACAGAUCAUUACAUACAAGUGAUGUCAUGCAGGACAAAAACCCUCUUAACAUGGUGACUAUGCAAAUGCCUUCUGUAGCCCCUCAAACAUCAUUAAACAUCAGUGGCCUCCUAGCAAAUAGGAACAUAGUCAUUGUGGGGCAGCCUGUGGCCAGAUGUGUACCCUCAGGAAUUAACAGAAGAUUUGCACCAGAGAGAAACCCUAUGAAUGCAGUGAAUGUGGUUGUGCCUUCAGUGAUCAAUUGCAUCUUACUUUAUGUCACAGAAAACCCGUAGGGAAAAACUAACAAUGUUCUAUGUGAAAGGGUUGAGCAAAAAUUUCUAGUUCAUUAUAUGGCUGAGAAGUAUAUACUGAAGGAAAAUGUAUAAAUGCAGAGUCUGAGAGAGCGUGGUAAACUCAGCCUAUCUAAAUAUAUGCUUUGGUACAGAGGCAUAUAAUCUGAUGUUAACCUA